CUCAUCCGGAUUCGAACCUUGCCGGAAACGCACAACACGUUUUAGUCGCGUUGCUCAUUCAAGCUAUCUUUUAGUAUUCCUCCGUGAAGCUUCCGGGCCGAGAGGACCGUGUGCUCUCUUGAUUUGGCUGUCGCUCGAUCGCAGAUAUGACUGAGGCAGAAGUGAACCCCAAGGCCUACCCGCUGGCUGAUGCCCAGCUUACAAAGACUUUGCUAGACCUUGUGCAGCAGGCCUCAAACUAUAAGCAGCUCCGUAAAGGGGCCAAUGAAGCUACAAAGACCCUAAACAGAGGUAUAGCAGAGUUCAUAGUGAUGGCAGCAGACGCUGAACCUCUUGAAAUUAUUCUACAUCUCCCUUUGCUGUGUGAAGACAAGAAUGUGCCCUACGUCUUUGCGCGCUCCAAGCAAGCUUUGGGUAGAGCAUGUGGAGUCUCAAGACCGGUUAUUGCCUGUGCAGUAACCAUCAAGGAGGGUUCUCAACUGAAGCCUCAGAUCCAGUCUGUCCAGCAGGCGAUCGAGAGACUGCUGGUGUAGCACAAUGUUGAAAGCUGUUGUCAGUCAUUAUUCUGGCAUCUAAGGCCUGAGUUCUGUUAUCCCUACCAAUCUUAUCAGGUUUCAUAAUAAAAUAACAUUAGUCUGGCAGAAAUUGCAUUCACAGGACUGAAGCAUUUUGUAUCAAAUUGAUUCUCUACUUCUGUUUUCCUGAUCUGGAACGCAAAGCUGCAUUUCCUUUCAGUGAUGUAACAUUUUGUUUUAAUGUUUUUCGGUAGUUUUGAGCAAGUAAAAUAUUUUUGUACUUAAAACACCUUAUGGUUAAAUUUACCUGUGGGAAAUGCCAGGCUUCAUUUUUUUUUUCAUCUUGACCUGUAUAAUAUGUAUUUCUUAAUAAAAUAUACAUGUAAAAGA